UGGAAUAGUGAGUUUGACACAGGAACUAAGUGAUGAGCUUUGCGUGCAGUGAAAGUAGAGGACCACGCCCUUAGCGCUUACCCCUUUAUGCCCUUAUGCCCCUUAGCCCUUAUGCCCUUAUGCCCCCGAUCACACUCUCAGUUAGUGCUUUCCGCAAACAUGGGCAACAACGUGGUCACGUUCACUGAAGAACAGCUUGAGGAUUACCAGGACUGUACCUUUUUCACCAGGAAAGAAAUAUUAAGAGUUCAGAAGAGGUUCCGAGAGGUGAGUCCUGAUGUGGUACCGAAAAGCAUGAUUGGGAAUGAGGCUUCAACUGUAGCUGUUCCUCUCGAAUUGAUGGAGAAGCUUCCUGAACUGAAAGAGAACCCGUUCAGGAAGCGAAUCUGCGAAGUUUUCUCAAGAGACGGUAAAGGUAACUUAACAUUUGAAGACUUCCUUGAUCUGCUGUCAGUCUUCAGUGAACAGGCACCAAGAGAUAUAAAAGUCUUUUAUGCAUUCAAAAUUUACGAUUUUGAUGGGGAUCAGUACAUUGGCGCAAAUGAUCUUGAGAGAGCAAUACGCCUUCUCACUCACAACGAACUCACAGUCGAGGAAAUGGCUCAGGUCUGUGAGAAAGCUAUCGAAGAAGCCGAUGUGGAUGGUGAUGGUAAAUUGUCUUACAUGGAAUUCGAACAUGUAAUUCUUCGUGCUCCUGACUUUUUCUCCACAUUCCACAUAAGAAUCUGAGAGAUUCGUGCACAAUACAAUCAUAACCAAAUCAAAAUCAAUUGCAGUUGAAGAUGAUCGUGGAUACGGUUCUAAAUUUCUAAUGUACCUAAAUUUGCAUAAUCAGGCCACAUACAGAAAAUGAAGAAAUUAGAGCAAUACUACAAUAUUGCAAUACUGUACAUAGACCAAUGAUUCCACGUUGAACAAGUAGAAAGUCAAUUUCAUAAGAAGCUUGCAACUCUGUGAAACAAGCUUAAAACUCAGAAAAUGAAGAAUAAGAGACACACUAUCGUCACUGGAUUUAGGAAACCUCGUAUGUGUUUUGAUUUCAUUUUUUUCAGGAGAGCAAAAAACAACUUCAGAUUGCUGAUAUUUCUUUGAAAAAUUAUCAAAAAAACUUUUUUUUAUAUAAUAUAACCUUUAAUGUUCCAUAUUAUUAUCCUAUAAAUAUUCAGUCCAUUGCAAUGAUUUUUAAAAUUUUAAUAAUUAAAAAAUGAUUAAAUUGUCAUAUAGGAGGAAUUCCACUGGUGAUAAAAGUCACAUACGAGACUUUCCAUAGCCAUGGUCAAUGUUAAUUUUAUUGCAUGGCAACAAUCAAGCAAUUGAACAUGUGUGAUGAUUCUAAUCAAUACAGGGUUAUUGUAUUAUCAAAAUCUGGGGCCUGUUUCAUGAAGAUUUAGGUUUCCUGUAAUACAGGAAAAAGGCGGACACACACUAGAUGUAUAAAUGUUUUUACAUACCACUUGUGAAUUUUUAUGAAACUGACCCCUGGUAUCACAUAAUAAUUAACUAUUUUCCAAAUGUGCAAUUAGUUUAUCUACAUUUUACAAUGUUACUGUGCUUUGUAUAAGAAUAUAAUAACUAUGAGAAAAUAAUUCAAACAUGAUAAAUGAGAACCUCAUAGAAUGAUAAUUAUUUAUUUUCCCUGCUUAGAUCAUGAUAGAAUAAAAAUAAAGAAUACCAUCGAUCAGAUUUUAAUUCUAUGCAUAUUAAAUUAAUGUAGUCAUAGAGACGAGUAAACUAGUAGUGCUAUUAUUAUUACUUGUAAGUUUCAAAACUUUCAAAUUUUUCUCACUCUAUAUUU